AUGUUUUUAACUUCUUUUCUUAAGUCUUACCGUGAAAGAGUUUGCUCUGGCUUGGCCAAAUACCAUGGGAUACCUGCUGAUGGUGUUGAGAGGCGUCGUAGAAGACCAAGUAGCGAUGGAGAGCCGAGAAAGAAGAGCCCUACAAAGAAAAGUAGCAGAGAUUCUUCAGAGACGGAAAGGCAAAGCCAAGUGAAAGUAGUGAAAGUACGGAAGCGCAAAACACCUGUUUAUAAAGAUCCUUUGGCGAGUUCUAAACUGGAAAUGAUCAAAAGCAUCAGAGCUAAACGAGUUGCGGAAGAGUCUAAGAAGAUGGAUGCUGUGGAACGAGCAAGGCUUUUGAUCUCGGAAGCUGAGAAAGCUGCGAAAGUUCUUGAGAUUGCUGCUAUGAGAAGCCCUGUUGCUCAAGCUUCUUUGUUAGAGAGUAAGAAGCUCAUAGCUGAAGCCACGCAGCUGAUUGAAUCUAUAGAGAUGAGGCAGAUAGCAUCUUCAGAUGAUGAUGAGCCUAAUAAUAGUCUCCUGGAGGAAGACUGUGAAUCCGAGACCGAGGAAUACACAAACUAUCAAGAACAAGAAGGAGAGAUUAACGGAACACACACGUUCCCUAUCAACGGAGAGAGUCUUCUUCACUUGAACAUGAGAUCUAGCGAUUUGCCGACACUCAACAUAGAAGAUAUCAAACUCGGGAUGGGUCCACAACCAAACGGAACAAGAGUCAAUCCAGCAGCAGAGUGUAAUGGAGCUAUGAAACUUGCUGAGAAUCAUCAUCAACCUCUUCCGAAUGGUUCUAAAGUUAACUACGGGAAUGAAGAAAAGGCUGAGUCUUUGGAAUCAGGAAAUGUAACCAAGAAGUGGUCCAUCGCCAUAACAAAACAGACGCAGCAAGUCUCCGACGAUGACGUAGUAGAAGAUCACUUUGGACUGAUCCCUGUUCAUCUGGUCAUUCAUAAUAUAUUCCCAAGAUGGUCGGUGAAGUCCGUGGCGCUAAGUCGUUGCGUAUCGAAGGUUUGGUCGUCGAUAAUUCGCCAUCCAAAUUACGACCUAUUGUUCCCGAUCACCGUCUCCACCACGGCUCCUCAUGUCCUUCGAAGUGAAGUAGAUCUGUUAUCCUACUAUGCCCCUCAGCCUCAAGAUCUUGAUCUGUCUCUCGAAUUCACUACAAAACCAUAA